UUAUAUUAUGGAUAAGUCGGACAUGAUCCUCAUCAUCGUGACUCAUGACUAGUGCAAAAGACGUUACUUGCUGAGUACUCCACGAUAAGAGUGUUGGCAGUAAAAGCAACUUUCCAGCUCAUCCAACAUCAUCAGCGAAAUAUGUUAGCAAGCUCCAAAAUCUGUCACUCCAGCGUGAAAGACUCGGUUUCAAUCCCAAUCUCUUUAGCAUCUCACCACACAAGUACACAACAGAUAGGCCACAAACGAAAAGGCAAGCACAGUUCGUACUGGGAUCAACAUGGGCAAGUUCAUCUUCUUCGCGGUGUUCCUGACGACCCUGGUGACCAUCUCCGCCGCCCAAGGCGUGCUCGAGCAGAGCCUCGCGGACGCGCAGUGCCGGGGCGAGGUCCAGGCGAAGCCGCUCCUCGCGUGCCGGCAGAUCCUCGAGCAUCAGCUGACCGGCCGCGCCGUCGGCGUCCGGCCGUUUCAGGCCCAGUGGGGCGCCAGGGACCGGUGCUGCCAGCAGCUCGAGAGCGUCAGCCGCGGGUGCCGCUGCUCCGCCCUCCGUGGCAUGGUGCGGGACUACGAGCAGUCCAUGCCGCCGCUGAGGGAAGGGCGCCGCCGCUCGUCGGGGGAGCGUCAACAAGAGCAGGGAUGCUCCGGCGAGUCCACGGCGGAGCAGCAGCAGGAGGUACAAGGGGGGCAGUACGGCAGUGAGACAGGUGAAAGCCAGCAGCAGCAGGGAGGAGGCUACCACGGCGUGACCGUCGGGCGUGGUGGUCAGCAGCAAGGACAGAUGCUCUGUCGCGAGAGGCCGCAGCGGCAGCAGCAGGGAGAAGGGUUCUCCGGCGAGGGGGCGCAGCAGAAACCGAAGGUCGGUCGCGUGAGGUUGACGAAGGUACGGCUACCGACCGCGUGCCGGAUCGAGCCCCAGGAGUGUAGCGUCUUCUCCACCCUGCCAGUACUAGGCUAGCUGAUUGGUCGACGCAGUCUGUGAGCUCUGAUAAUAAGUGUGACCUGUGAUUCUGUGAAUGUGAUCACAAUCCUCCAUGCGGAAAUGACAAUAACAAUGGAAAAUAAAUGAAUAACCAAAUGGAUUUACUUGCCA